AGGUCGCCUCCGCCCAGUGACGGACUGGGGCGCGCGGCUUCGGGGGCGGACUCCUGCCGCCCAGCGGAGACGCGAUUCGUCACUGUAGCAGAACUUUCCCCCUGAAAAUCCCUGCACCAGAACCAGCCCUCCCGCCUCGGGCAGGUUUUGAUUUUAGUGGUUUUCCUUCCUUUUAUUUUCUGUCGGGGUGCGAGUUUUGGCUGCGGAACGAACUUGCAGCUCAUCUGAGUACAUGUCAGUGGUAAUCUCUCCUGCAGCGGCUUACCCUGACACCAUGCACUCCGAAGCAGACGAAUCCAAGGAAGUGGCCACAGAUGUGUUUAAUUCCAAAAACCUGGCUGUUCAGGCACAAAAGAAGAUCUUGGGUAAAAUGGUGUCCAAAUCCAUUGCCACCACCUUAAUCGAUGACACAAGUAGCGAGGUUUUAGAUGAGCUCUACAGAGUGACCAAGGAGUACACCCAAAACAAGAAAGAGGCAGAGAAAAUCAUUAAAAACCUCAUCAAAACAGUCAUCAAGCUGGCCAUUCUUUACAGGAAUAAUCAGUUUAAUCAAGAUGAGUUGGCACUCAUGGAGAAAUUUAAGAAGAAAGUUCAUCAGCUUGCUAUGACCGUGGUCAGCUUCCAUCAGGUGGAUUACACCUUUGACCGCAAUGUGUUGUCCAGGCUGCUAAAUGAAUGCAGAGAGAUGCUCCACCAGAUCAUUCAACGCCACCUUACCGCAAAGUCACAUGGACGGGUUAAUAACGUCUUUGAUCAUUUUUCAGAUUGUGAAUUUUUGGCUGCGUUGUAUAAUCCCUUUGGAAACUUUAAACCCCACUUACAAAAACUCUGUGAUGGUGUCAACAAAAUGUUGGAUGAAGAGAACAUAUGAGCAUAUGAGUUAAGAUUGUGACUGCUGGUGAUUUAUCUGAAGAUGGAGCACUGCUGAUUUAUGAAGGAAUAAAGAAUUUUUUAAAGAUUACACAUAUUUCAGAUAGACUUUGCCCGGUUCAAUUGUCAAGCAUUAAUGAAGGUGCUUUUAUGGGGCUUGUUUUAUUAAGAAAAGCAUAUUUCCAAAAAUUCUAGUUAAAACUUCCUAACAGUUAACAGAUCAGUGGAUGGUUGGAUAAUGCAACUAUAGAGUUAUACAAAUAUAUAUAUAUAUAU